GCCCCCGCAGCGGAACCCUCCGGGGAGCCGAGCUGGCUCGCGCGCGUGCAUCCCGCACCAGCCUCCGGCCCCGGGCCCGGUCCGCGUCACACCGAGCCGCCGCCGCCACAGCAGCCGCAGCCACUCGGGAAGCCAGGCCCAGCCGGGGCCGCGGGAGGCGGGGGCGCCGGGGCCCUGGAUGUCCCGCAGCGCGGCGGCCAGCGGCGGACCCAGGAGGCCUGAACAGCAUUUGCCCCCAGCCCCUUGUGGGGCCCCGGGGCCUCCUGAGACCUUCAGGACGGAGUCGGACGGGGCGGGCACCAUGAACAAGUUACGGCAGAGCCUGCGGCGGAGGAAACCAGCCUACGUGCCCGAAGCAUCGCGCCCGCACCAGUGGCAGGCGGACGAAGACGCUGUGCGCAAGGGCACCUGCAGCUUCCCGGUCAGGUACCUGGGCCACGUGGAGGUGGAGGAGUCCCGAGGCAUGCACGUGUGUGAAGAUGCUGUGAAGAAGCUGAAGGCGAUGGGCCGGAAGUCCGUCAAGUCGGUCCUGUGGGUGUCUGCCGAUGGGCUCCGAGUAGUGGAUGACAAGACCAAGGACCUGCUGGUGGAUCAAACCAUCGAGAAAGUCUCCUUCUGCGCUCCUGACCGCAACCUGGACAAGGCAUUCUCCUACAUCUGCCGGGAUGGCACGACUCGCCGCUGGAUCUGCCACUGCUUCCUGGCACUCAAGGACUCCGGAGAGCGGCUGAGCCACGCCGUGGGCUGCGCGUUCGCGGCCUGCCUGGAGCGGAAGCAGCGGAGGGAGAAGGAGUGCGGCGUGACGGCCGCCUUCGACCCCAGCCGCACCAGCUUUGCCCGCGAGGGCUCCUUCCGCCUGUCGGGUGGCGGGCGGCCCGCCGAGCGCGACGCCUCAGACAAGAAGAAAGCAGAGGCAGUGGCUGCUCCGGCUGUGGCCCCUGGCCCUGCCCAGCCUGGACAUGUGUCCCCAACCCCCGCCACCACAUCCCCCGGUGAGAAAGGGGAGGCAGGCACCCCAGUGGCGGCAGGCACCACGGCAGCCGCCAUCCCCCGGCGCCAUGCCCCUCUGGAGCAGCUGGUCCGCCAGGGUUCCUUUCGAGGGUUUCCAGCUCUCAGCCAGAAGAACUCUCCAUUCAAACGGCAGCUGAGCCUGCGGCUGAAUGAGCUGCCAUCCACUCUGCAGCGCCGGACUGACUUCCAGGUGAAGGGCACAGUGCCUGAGAUGGAGCCGCCAGGUGCCAGCGACAGUGACAGCAUCAAUGCUCUGUGCACACAGAUCAGCUCUUCUUUUGCCAGUGCUGCUGCCCCCCCAUCAGGACCACCACCUGCCACAGCAGGAUCGUCUGCCUGGGGUGAGCCCGCAGUGCCCCCUGCAGCUACCUUCCAGCCUGGACACAAACGGACACCAUCAGAGGCUGAACGAUGGCUGGAGGAAGUGUCUCAGGUGGCAAAAGCUCAGCAACAGCAGCAGCAGCAGCAGCAAGCCACCUCGGUGCCCACAGUGCCCCCUGCCCUACAGCCCUUCCCUGCCCCCGUGGGGCCCUUCGACACCACACCCGCCCAGGUGGCGGUGUUCCUGCCACCCCCCCACAUGCAGCCUCCCCCAUUUGUACCUGCCUACCCCGGCCUAGGCUACCCCCCCAUGCCCCGGGUGCCCGUGGUGGGCAUUACCCCCUCACAGAUGGUGGCCAACGCUUUCUGCUCAGCUGCCCAGCUCCAGCCUCAGCCCGCCACCUUACUUGGCAAAGCUGGGGCCUUCCCACCCUCCGCCGCCCCCAGUGUCCCUGGGGGCCAGGCCCGGCCACGCCCCAAUGGAGCCCCCUGGCCUCCAGAGCCAGCCCCUGCCCCAGCCCCUGAGUUGGACCCCUUCGAGGCCCAGUGGGCAGCGUUAGAAGGCAAACCUUCCACCGAGAGGCCCCCCAACCCCUUUUCGGGAGACCUGCAGAAGACCUUCGAGAUUGAACUGUAGCCCCAGCUGCCCUGCCCACCCUGAUGCGCUAGACGUGCCAUGCCUGGGAGUGGGGACCCAGCCUCCCUCCCCUAAGACUGCGCCCCUCAGCGCCCCCCUCUAAGCCCUUCUCUCCACCACCCCUCAGAAACCACUACAGAACCAAUAUCUUGAUGGCCAGGUUGCGACAGGAUGGAAUUCAGGGACCGACCCAGCCUGGCUAAGGGAACUAUUUCACUGCUGGACUGAAGCUGGCAAUGCCCCGCCCCAGCCCUUCUCCCCUUCCUCCCCCACCCCCCCCACCUUCAGUUCAAGCUACAUUUCCCAGUUUCUCCUGUUGCCCUUCCAACUUGCCAGUGUCGGGCAGGAUAGAGGAGGGGCUACCCACCUAGGGGCCCUCCUGGGCCCACCCAAGUCUGGUUAUCUCCUCUCCCCCACCUAAACACAGCACAAGCUAAGGGCUCCCCUGUGCCCACGCUGCGUUCACUGCCAAUGCUGUGCCCACCCCUACUGCCUUCCCUCACCACUCGGGGCUCUUUAUCAUCCGGGGGACCGAGGUCUCAUGGGGCAGGGGCCAG